CUCUGCGGCUUUACAAAGUAACUCAAAGAUAAAAUAAAAACAUCAAAUGGCAUCGAAACUAAUUACCGCCACGUCGUUUAUCCUGUUUAUGUCCAAAUCCCAAAAGAGUCAAUCAAUUGCUAAAGCACGACGUAACUCGCGAAAACUAAUUCAAAGCACAGCAAUUUUUCUAGACGCCACCAUUCGAUCCACCAACAUUCAAGCCCGGAAGUCUUUGAAGAUUCUCAACCACAUCGUAAACCACACGAAUCGAGAUGUUCUGCAGUGUAUCCCGGAGAAGCAGCUCGUCCUAGAAUGUUCCCUGGUUCUAGUACAAACAUACGUUGCACACCUGAAGCUGCGGCAACGUUUCUUCGAUCGCUUCAAGAGGCAACCAUUCGCGAGCGCCAAAAAGUGUUUCCAAGCCCUAAUAAAAUUAUUGCUCCCGGAAAUGCAAGGCAUAGUAAUCGAAACUAUUCUCAGUUUUUUAGAGAAGGAAAACCUGUGGAAAGUGGAGUUUAUUUGCGUAGAGAUUCUGAUUAUGGUACUCGAAUGUCACAGCCCAGCUUCAUUGCUUUUGUGUAAGCUAGUCAAUAAGGUAGAAAAUUUGCUAUCAAAAAAUGACGUAGCACAAACCCGCCAUGUUGUCGUGGUGCUGCAGAACAUCAUUGAUCGCGAAUAUUGGAGUAGUGUGCAGCACUGGAGUUUGUCGAAGCUUCUUCGUAUUUAUCACAACAGUGCAGUUAUGGGUGACACGAAAAAUCAAAUCUAUGAGCUACGACUAGGAUUUGAGAAGUGUUUACGCAAUCUAAUCAAGAUUUUGCCAUAUGUAGAAUUAACCAAACUGAUCAUAACCAUGCUCCCGUUAACAUUCGAUACUACCUUAACGGAUGAAGCCAUGCUAGAAUUCGGAACCACCGUAGAAUUCGCCGCUUCUACCUUAGUUUUAUCUAAUUCCAUUUUAACCGAAGAAAUCUACAUCGUCGAGUAUCUCGUGACAUACAUCCGUUCCGAACUACCCACGAAAAGUGUUCUAGCUAGCAGAAUAUUCACCAAACUGCUAGAUCGUGGAAAAAAUUUUGUGCAGUUUAGCACACCGAAAAUCUUUCACGAAAACACCUUUUAUGAAAUUGAUAUCAACGUUUAUAACCCAGCAAGGAAAAAUAUCUAUGAAGCGCGUCGAGUUGUGUUCGAGAAGGCCCUCGAAACUGCCAUUGAAUUACACGGCAAACGUCGAAUGAACUUAGAAGUAUUCUACAACGUUUUGUGCAUGCUACUAGUGGAAAUACCCUGCGGAUUUACGGCUUGUACAGUUGUUUGCCUGUUGUUGAAAAUUCAACGAAAGCUUCUAGAGCCUAAGGACAUCGAUAGCGACACCGAUAGUAACCGGCAGUACACGAAUCACAUCCACGCCACAAUCAUCAGCAUUAUGGCGCUGAUCAACUGGAUUCACCGGGGCCCAUCACUGACAGCGUACGUCAACGCAAUCCUCAACCAGCGCUUUGAUCACGCCCCGCAUCUUAAUCCACCGCUGAAGGAAAACUACCGUUACGCGAGGCAUCACUUCACCUGGAACGAGAGAAUUCUCUUCUUCGACGCGCUGGAGCUGAGGUUCGGGCUGUGGAAAUGCUUUCGAAUUAACGAACCCAAAAUUGCUACCCCAAAGCAAAUCUACUCGCGGCUAGAGAUGUUUCCUACGGGAGCCACUAAGGGGAAAAAAGCCAAGCAGAAUCGACAACGAGCGGGAUUCUACCGUAUCACGGUGCACGAGAAUCGUCCGUCUAUUUCACAAUAAAUGUUAUAUAUUAUAUUCA